CAGUGGAAAAAAACUGUUUUGAUAUUGGGCCCGGCUUGUUGAAUUCAAUAACAAUAAUAAUAUUGAUAAGUCCGCAAUUUAUUUUUAUUAAUUGAAAUUCAAUGAAUUGUUUUGUGUCCUGUAAUGAAAAUAACAAAAAUUUCAAGUGAAGUGCUUAGCGUAGAAUAGGCCCUGUAUAAGAAAAGUGCUAAGAAUCUGGUGAAAAAUGGCAAUAGGAAGAUUGUACUGUUUUUUUCAUUGGAAAUUCAGGCAUCAGUUGCACGCCGGCCACCAGGUGUGGCAAACGUAAAAGCGCACGCCGCCUGUCACUUUUCGCGCAUUUUUUUCAAUUCAUUAUGGAGGUGGGUGUACGGAUAAUAGGUAUAUUCCUACGACUUCUACACUUUUUGCUAGGACCCUUGUUCUGGAUGCGCACGCGCAACACCAAACAAGUGCCGCCGAUACGGGAUCCCAUAUUACUUAGAAGUGCGACGGAUUUGGCGGCUGCAAUACGAAACGGAGAACUAACAAGCGAAACAGUAACGCAAGCUUUCAUAACCCGAAUAGAAGAAGUGAAUCUUCUCUUGAAUGCGGUGGUAGAAGAUAGGUGUAAGGACGCGUUACAGGAAGCGAAAGAGUGUGAUAGAAGGAUUGCUGCGGCGAAAAGGGAUGGCACCAUGAAUCAACUGUUUGCGGGUAGACCGCUUUUGGGGGUACCCUUCACGGUUAAGGAGAGUUGCUCUUUGGAAGGUCUAUCAAAUUCAGUGGGAUGCCUAGAAUUGGCCGGUCGACGAGCGACGAAGGACGGCGCAGCAGUUCACCUAGUGAAGAAGGCUGGUGGCAUUCCUCUGCUAGUCUCCAACACCCCUGAACUGUGUUUGGGAUGGGAAACAACGAACUUGUUAACUGGAACGACCAAUAACCCGUAUUGCUUGAAUAGGACGCCUGGAGGUUCUUCGGGAGGUGAGGCAGCAUUACUUGCCUGUGGGGCAUCCCCGAUCAGCGUGUCUUCAGACAUCGCGGGCUCCAUCCGAAUACCGGCUGCCUUCUGUGGGGUCUUCGGACACAAGCCUAGUCCGGGAAUAAUACCGAUAGAGGGACACAUACCCACCCUAAGCGAUGAGAACUACAGCAAGUAUCUGGUAGUGGGGCCCAUGAGCAGACAUGCAGAGGACCUGACUUUGCUCAUGCGAGUCAUGGGUAACGGGCAAUGCGAGCAGCUCUCGCUCGACGAAGAAGUAGAUGUUAGCAAACUACAAGUCUACUACAUGACGGAAGCCAGCAGUUCUGCAGCAAUAAUUCCAGUAGAAGCAGAACUAAAGCAGGCCGUCACUCGAGCCGCUCUUUACCUCCAGAGCCGUGGGGCUACGGUUUCGAAGCAUUAUUUGGAAGACCUAGAAGACUCGGUAGAGAUGUCGGUGUCGGUCUUCUUCUCGAUGAAGGACAUCCCCAACAUGCUCCAGGAUCCAGUUAAUCCGAAGCAAGACAAGAGCCUCUUGAUGGAGUUGAUAAAGUACAUCUUGGGCUUCGGAGUGCGAUCUCUGCAAGCUCUCGGCUUCACGCUCAUACAUCGGACCAAUUUGUUUAUUCCCGAGCAUCGAACCGUCCACUACCGGGAGAAGACUGAACGGCUCAGGCAGCACUUGCAGCGCCUGUUGGGCUCGAGCGGCGUGCUGCUGUCGCCGGCGCACAGCAGCCGGGCGCACGCGCACGGAGAGGUGUUCGUGCGCACGUCGGGCGUGGCCUACACCAUGCUGUGGAACGGAGCGGGCCUCCCCGCCACCGCCGUGCCGCUCCCCGCGCCAGGACUGCCCGCGGCCCUGCAGGUAAUAGCAGCGCCCAAUCAGGACAGGUUGUGUUUAGCCGUCGCCAGAGAGCUGGAGAGAGGCUUCGGAGGGUGGAAGUUUCCUACUAAUUUAAAUUAAUAAUGUAUAUUAAUUUAAAUUAAAUACUCUUUUUUAUUUUAUUUAAGAUGAGUAUUCAAAGUUGUUUACGGCGACAUCUGUCGAUUGUGAAAUAUUAUAAUCAGGCAUAUGGCUUUUUUAAAUUCAUUCGCUCAUUAUCUCGGGCACGUGAUCUAUCCCGUGAUUUUCAGUUUGUCAAAAAUCUAUCCAAAACUAAGAAAAAUAAAGUCAGAAACACGAAAAGAAAAUAUUUUUUGGAAUAAAAACCAUACUGUUAACUUUAUAUUAUUAGUUCUGUAUGUAUUUUUGGUUAUUUCUCGAA